AUGAAGUACUCUGCCGUUGCCGUCGCUGCCCUUGCCUCCACCGCCGUUGCUGCCCCAAGCUACAACUCCACCUCCACUGCCACCUCCACCAACUUGUCCACCAAGUUGGUCACCAUCACCUCUUGUUCUGAGGACAAGUGCUCUUUGGCUACUCAAACUUGGGGCCCAUCUACUGUCACCACCACUGUCCAAGGUGUUGUCACCAGCUACACCACUUACUGUCCAUUGACCGCUGAGGAGAAGGACAAGGCCAAGACCAAGACCGUCACCGUCACCUCUUGUUCCGAGAACAAGUGCACUGAGUCUGUCCAGACCUGGGGCCCAUCUACUGUCACCACCACUGUUCAAGGUGUUGUCACUAGCUACACCACCUACUGUCCAUUGACCGCUGGCUCCUCUUCUGCCACUGCUCCAUACCCAAUCUCCUCCGCCUCCUCCACCUCCGAGAAGAAGAAGAAGACCAUCACCAUCACCACCACCCCAGUUACUACCAUCAACGGUACCCCAACUACCAUCACCACUCAAUCUACCAUCACUUUGACUUACGGAAGCUCUACCGCUGGUCAAAACUCCACCAUUGCCCCAACUUUCGUCAACGGUGGUGCUAAGAACGUUGCCGGUGUCGCUGCUGUUGCCGGUGCUGCCCUCUUGUUGUUGUAA